AUGUCAGCCUCACCAUUUCCUGAGCCUUUGGACGCACCAAUGCACGACUUUGCGACAGAAAUCGAUGUUCCAAUGAACCCAGCAGCCACGCAAGAUUUUUUUGUGGAGUUGUCCAUGGACCACGAUGGUCAUCACACGAGUUAUAGCCAGGAGGAUGUCGAGGUCGAUAUGGAGACCUACUAUGAUGGCAAUGCAGAGUAUGAGAUGGCAGAUGAGACGGAAGAGUUCAGCGAAAGCCAUUAUCACCAUGAGCCGCUCGACGUGGAAGUCUACGACGCUUCUGACGCUCGCUCACCUCAGCCCAUACCUGAUUCACUGCCGUUACCGUCUUUGACAGUUAUUCCGGAGAUAUCAUUACUUUCCUCCCCUGUCCCUUUUUCCGAUCCGUUCACCCCCCAGCUAGCCACCAUUCCCAUUGAACACGACGCAUCUUCCACAGAUCGCCCGGUCGGAAACGAUCGUCCUGUUGCUGAAGAAGCAGAUUUUAGUGCGCAGCGAGAGGAGGAACCUCUUGCGGUCACACUCGAGCAACUAUUGGAAUCGGAUCCCCUUCAUCUUACCACUGCUGUCGAUCGAACAGCGGCAGAGUUGAACAUACCUUCUGUGGCUUUUGUGGAUCUAUAUGGUGUAGAAAAACACGCAGAUGCUCUGGUUUCGGAAACCACUGAUAGAGCAGAGUCGUGUGUCCAGCCUACAGAUGCAGAACCCACGCUGCAAUCACAGGUUGAGGAGCAAUCUGAGACGCUCCACCCCUCAGAUGUCCCAUCUGAUGACAGCGUACAGCAUCAGGGUGAACCCCACCUGGAAGGCCUCCACGAAGAGGCAGACAAUGCUAAUGAUCCACACGAGAUAUCUGAUGGCGUAUACAUUGACCCGCCACCCGCUGUUUUUCUGUCCAUCGGCUCCUCUGAAGUACCAGAAUAUUGUUUAUUCAACCAACCUCCAGUGGAGCGUGGGUCCCGUAGUCCAUCUGCAGGAGCUAGCAACCAACAGGCGUAUGCGCUGCUCCUGGAGAAUCGACCGACGUUGUACUAUGAGCCCCUCAGUUGUGUUUUCGAAGCACUUCGGCUGGACGAAGUCAUUUCCAAAAUUCCUGAUUCUCCCGAGGGAGAGUUAGUGAUUGACGCGUACGAUCUUCAGCUCGCUGUAUUGGAGGACAACGUUUACGCACAGGAAAUCAGUUUGCAUGACCUGAAUGUGCUGCACGAUGGCUCUGACUUUAAGGGUCCUCUCCGCAUUCAUCUGCGUUCGGCGAUACCUAGGUUUAUUUUACGUUACCGUUUACUUCAAGAACAGAUUUCUCGGCUUGACUUGGCUGGAGGCGUCGAAGAAAAUGUUCCAGAAGAAGGUUUGUAUUCCUCUUCAAAAAUGUCGAAUUUAUCAUUAAAUGUCGACGACAAUGCAGACCACCAUGAUACGGUGCAAGAAGUAGAUUACCCUGAAGAAGAAACCCAACACGAAGCACUUCUCCCUGAUGACGAGAAAGACUUCGAUGGGGCCGAAGGCGUUCAUGAGCCAGAAGUUCCUCUAGACCAACUUCAGGGUGAUGAUGUCCUCGCAAAGGACGUGACUUUAACCUCGCAGGCUGUGGCGGAUGUCACCUAUUACAGCAUUAGUGGCGAUGUAGCACAGGCCCUUGGAGAGGAGGAUGGUUAUGAAUGCACAAAUGUCGGCACAGAGUACCAGGAAGAGGGCGAGGGCGAUCUGGACGUCACUGCCGUGCAUGAGCCAACGGAUACGGACGCUGCUGGGACCGUGUCCAAAGUCAAUUCGCAGUUCGGAGGGGAGGACACCGAGUACCACGAUUACAUACAGCCAGGAGAGUAUGGCGAAAACUAUGACGACUUUCCUGAAGAGGACGGGGGGCACACAGAAUUUGGAUAUGAUCAAACGGUGGGUUAUGAAGAAAGCGGAACGGAGGUUGUAUCGACAAUCGUCGAAGAGUCACAGGCGGGUUUGCCUUCAUCUGAUCUCCGUGACGAAGAGACUACACCAGUACCACCGGCACAACGGGUUGACUCUGAACCCGCUCAGAGAUCAGACAUAGUAGACAGUGCUUCAAAUGAACUAGGAGAUUGUUUAUCAUCACAUGAAUCUUUUGACGAGGAGAAGAACAGCAAUCCCACUGACAAAGAUCUUAUUGUAGAUCAGGACAUAGAUCAGCCCGAAUCAGCACAGUUCCCAACAGAUGAGUCGGAUUCUAAUUUCCUUGCAAUGCUUGAACGCGAGGCUGAUUUUGAGCUAGAUCAUUCUUCCGCCAAUACCAAUGCUAAUCCCACAGAAGAGGGCGUCGGAGAGACUUUGCCAGUAUUGGAAGAGGAAUGGGAUAAGUGGGACGAUGAGUUAGAUGGCGAUGGCGAAGUGGAUGACGAAUGGGUGGAUCCCGGUGAUGCCGUGUCCAAUGAAAGCUCUGUGACUCUGUCCAGUAACUCAUCUGCAAAACGUUCUCACGACGAGGUCGACCCCGAAGAAGGUGAACUUGAAACUGACACACCUCAAAGUUCACCUGGUAUGUUUCAGUUUGUGUUCUACAUUUACUUCACUGAUCACGGUUUAUUGAAGAAAAACGUCCUCGCAUGUACUGAGACAGUGGUCGGCGCCCCAUCGCACUUCGCCGCCGUUCUUUCCCGGUGCCCCUACGCGGCCACCACCGCUCAGCCUCCUCGCAUGCCCCUGGCAGGCCUAACUUAUCAGACAUUUUUUUCACUCUCAUGGCACUUGAUCGACUCGCACGCAUGCAACCCGAACAUCAACAUUACGACUAUAGGCUAA